AUUAUUGAGUGGUCAGAAUCUCAUGACAGAGGCUAUGGAAAUCUUCAGUCUGCUAAAAUGGAGGACUACACAUUUAAUGAUUUGUCCCUCAAAGUUGUUCCCUACCUUUUCUGCCACCAAGGGGACUGUGAGCACAUAGUUAUCAUCACAGAUAUAAGGCUCAUUCAUCAUGAUGACUGCCUGGACAGAAACCUAUAUCCCUUGCUAAUCAAGAAACACUGGUUAUGUACCAGAAAAUGCUUUGUGUGCAAAAUGUAUACAGCCAGGUGGGUAACCAAUGAAGACAGUCUGGCACCAGAGGAUCCUUGUUUCUUCUGUGAUGUUUGUUUUCGCAUGCUCCAUUACGAUGCGGAAGGCAAUAAACUGGGGGAGUUCCUUGCAUAUCCUUAUGUCGAUCCUGGGAUUUUCAACUGAAACUGACAUGAGCCAUCAUGAAUUCAGUGAACUACAUUG